AUGGAAUUCUUGAAGUAUCUGAGAAGAGUGAGCUUUCUGAAGAGCUCAAUUGCCUUUGUCUUUGUAGUUGUUUCUGUUUCUUGCUUGUUGGUUGUGGCUGUUUCAGUGCUUAGGCUUCCCGAGGUGUCACUGGGAAGCAAUGCUUUGGGGUCUCACAGGACUUUGAGAUUGAGGAAGGUUUCUGGGGUGAGGAGUUUGGGAGAGCUUGGAGAGAUGAUGGUCAAGAUGUUGCCUGAUGAUCUUGCUUUCACCAUUUUCCUCCCUUCAGAGAAAGCUUUUGAACGUGAUGUUAAACUGUCUUCCUUCAAUAGUUUGAGGGAACAGAAUGUGAAUGAUACCUAUGCUACACUCUCCCGGAUAUUGGGCUUUUCAACCGUUCCCCGUAGUCUCCCCUCAGUUGCAAUACCCAUGGGUAAGGAAAUCUCCUUGGAAUCCAUAGCUGGAUUCGGAUUGUAUAUUUCAAGGGACUCCAAAGGGAAGCUCGUUGUUAACAGAGUCUCAUCAGAACAGGUUGAUCUGAGGAAAGGAGAGAUAGUUGUACAUAUCAUGAACGGAGUGAUCAUGGAUGCCGAGUUCGAACAGUCAGUCCAGCCUGACUAUGGAGGUGAAGACUGAAUAGAUUUAAUGUCUGGAAGUUAUCCGCCUGGACUAUUUCAAUUGUGCAUAUGAGAUUGAGUUGAACUCAUCUGAGAGUUCUUGCCUCUUGUUCUAACUCCUAACCUGUUGUAAGUUGCGAGUUUGUGACACAUAAAUGUACUUUUACAAAUCAUUUUUUCAGAUAUUGCUGAUCUGUGGGUUCA